AUGGUCCACUUGUUCGCUAAGCCCGUUCCUGUAUUGUGCAUGAUAACAAAUCAAGUUUUGGAUUAUAUUUAUCAAGUUCACAGCCAUCGCAUUCUGCAGUGGAAUCAUCAGCUGCUAAGCCAAGCCGAUCUUGAAAGAUUUGCCGAAGUUGUUCACCGAGAAGGAAGCCCACUUGAUAACUGUUUUGCUUUUGUUGAUGGGACAGUUGGCCAUGUUUGUAGGCCCGGCACUGUUAACCAGAGGUUGCUUUACAAUGGACACAAACGUGUCCAUGGAAUCAAGUUUCAGUCUGUUGUUAGCCCGAAUGGAAUGACUGCAAAUAUGUAUGGCCCUGUUGAGGGCAGAGAGGAUGACCUCAAUCAGUAUGCCUUCAGCCUGGCUGGACAACCACUUAGUAUUUACGGGGAUCCCGCCUAUCCUAUUCGUGUACACCUUCAAUGUCCAUUUAGAAAUGGAGCUUUAACCUCACAGAUGGAAGCUUACCAUACUGCUAUGAGCACAGUGAGAACAAGUGUGGAGUGGCUGUUUGGAGACAUAAUAAGUUACUUCAAGUUUCUAGACUUUAAAAAGAACUUAAAGUUGGGACUGAGUAGUGUGGGGAAAAUGUAUAUUGUUAAUGCUAUUCUUAGAAAUGGGCUAACAUGUCUAUGUAGAAACACAACCUCAGAUUUUUCCUGUGUGAUCCUCCUAACCUUGAAACUUAUUUGCAUAAGACCCUGGAUACCUCCAGUUCAGGCUAACUGUUUUGGAGAAUAAUUUGGAUAUAUCAACAAAGUUGAAAUGGU